AGCAUAGCCUCUAUCGCUAUCACCUGUAAUUGAUGCGCCUGGGCUCACAGCUUUUGUUCAACUUUUGGUUCAACUAAUCGCCUGUGAAAGUUGAAUCAUGUAAAUUCCCUAUAAGUGAAAUAUCGCUCAUCACUAAUCCAAACAAGUGAAAUUUUUAAAAAUAAAAAUUUUGCCCAAAUUAUUUUGUGGCUUCUUUUAUUCUAUUAAAUGGACUUGGAAAAAAUGGCUCUCAAAUCGUUAAGUGCUGAGUCUCCGACACCGCCAAAAAUGUCCGUAUGUGCAAUGCUAACAUUUCUACUUAUUACUAUUAGUGCUGCUGCUGUGUUAGAAUUUUGUUAUACUAAUCACAGCUUUAAUCUUGAAGUUAAUACGGAACGGCCAGUUACAAAUAAUUCUGAAACUUCAAUAAAAUUUUCAAUGUAUCCUCCUGUUAAAGCAGGGGAAAACCAUCUGCAACACGUAGUGCGAUUGUUAGAAGUGUUAGGAUAUACACAAACUUCAAUAAAUGAACUUGACUGGAAUCUACUUUGGGCUCAUGAAUAUCCUUUUCAAAAUAUCUCAGAAAUGAUGCGACAUCUUUUACCUCAUCAAACUGUAAAUCAUAUUCCCGGAAUAGGUUUUCUUACGAGCAAAGUGGAUCUUUCUACCGCGUCAUUACCAUUUAUGCCUAAAGCCUUCCGUUUGCCACAAGAAAAAGAAGAAUUUUUAAAAUAUACUUCUAUCAAUCCUGAUACAUUAUUUGUGGAAAAGCACAAUAAGCAUAGAUACAUUAAAAUUUGUUCUUCUAAUUCUAUAAAUCUGAGUUCAAGUGAGACUUUUUUGCAAGAAUUUAUUGAAAAUCCCUUUUUGGUCGAUGGCCACAAAUUCGACAUUGGAGUGUAUGCCGUGAUAACAUCCGUCGAUCCCUUGUUAUCAUAUAUAUAUACUGGAGACGUGCUGUUCCGUUAUUGUUCGGAAAAGUAUUUCCCUUUCGAUUCCAAAAAUGUAAAGAAAUAUGUAGUAGGAAAUGACUAUGUACCAACUUGGGAAGUUCCUUCUCUAAUAAAAUACUUUGAAAUAUUUGGUGGGGGUAUGAGAGCUUCUUUCGACGCGUAUGUGCGUGAUCAAUCAAUGGAACCGUCUGUCAUUUGGACGCAAGUUGAAAACAUAGUGCGAGAGACAAUAUUAGCUAAGAAAAAUAAUAUUGUAUUGGCUAUGCGACCUUAUAAAACUGGUAACUUCUUUGAGCUGCUUCGAUUUGAUUUAAUUGUAGAUGAUGAACUGAAAGUUCAUUUAAUGGAGAUUAAUAUGUCACCGAAUUUAUCAUCAGCGCACUUCAAGCAAAAUGCAUUGUUAUAUGAGCAAGUUCUGUACAGCGUUUUCAACCUUGUUGGCGUUGGGUCUCCUCUACGGGCUAAACAAAGCCGUUUAGAUGAUGAAAUUAUAACGUCUGACAAAAAUAUUGCGGUAAACUUAAGUGACUGUGCGAAAUAUUCAUGUCAUAAAUCUUGUUAUAAAUCGGAGUGCAAGAUGUGUUUACCUUGUCUGAAAGGGUCAGAAAUUCAAAUUUUACGAAAGGCGCAUUUUGAGCAUUUGCAUAAAGUAGACAUGAAAAGGAUAUAUCCGAAAGCAGUGGUUUAUCCGGAGAAUUUCAACAUAGAAGCAGAAGUAAAAAAUCAAUUUACGAAGGAUGCAUGGCUGACGCGUUGGUUUUAUGGAAAAUGUAAAGAUGAACGGAGUUGGUGCCAAUAAUUUGAAUUAUGUUUGUUUUUGUACAGAUACAAAUAUGUAAAGGUAAAACCGUUCGCUCAAUUCGUCGGCCAUUAUUUAUUUUUUAAAGUUUGUCUACCUUAUACAAUUUAAAUUUUCAGAGCAACUGAAAUGCCAAAUAAAAAUAAAACAAAAAAUAAGUU